GUCGGGGAAUCCAGCUCAGCCUGCUGUUGUCAGAGAGACACAGCACAGACAGGGGGCAGCUCCGACCUGUGAGGAAGGCUAUCGUUUUUAUGCGUCUCUUAAAGAUCGCACAGGUCGGCAGAGGAAGGCGAUGGAAUCCGGAGAGCAGUGCAGAAGCGGCUGCAGACUGACAGAGAGCUUAAUCACACCUGAGUUCAGUCAUUAAGCGGCAGUGGCGGCGGCUCUACGGCGAGGCUCGCCUGAGAUCCCGUCUCCGGCUGAAUGGGAAGUCUCCCGGGCUCACUUUGCUGUUGCGUCGUGGAGCACUGAAGCAGGACAGUAAAUGGCAACAGCUCUUGCUGAUGGGUGAUCAUACUUUGAUAUAAUUUUCAGCAGGACUCUCAGAAGCAGAGGGAUGCUGUUUCAGUGCCAGUGACCUCCUGCACGUUUCACAAGGGGCAAAUGGGGAGAUGAGAUGUGGCCAGUGCCUCAAAACAAGCCACCGGCUGCACUGUGCUUAGCGUGUAAUGCAGGACCUUCCCCAGCGGUGAGCGCUUGCAGCCACGCUGCGAGAGCCGCCCCCCACCCCCACUUCUAGGAGCUUCUGGGCUUCAGUAAUUCAUCAGUCUAAGUCAAAUCUUGCGACAAUGCAAGAGCAAUGCCAUAAACCAUGAGGAAAGCAAGUGGAUUUCACGAUGUUUCACACCCUCCAGUUGGAUGUACAGUCUUUGCAGUUUGGCUUCAUCAUAUUUAAAAAAAACCAUAAGCAACACAUUUUCAUCUUGUUGCUCAGGGUUGACUUCUGAAGUGUUUAUGGAUUUGUGUGUGUUUGCUGCUGGAUUCCCUACCUUUUCAGCUUUAUCACAUUUUAAACAUUGAUAUUCCUCUCCAUGGUUUCUGCCCUAUUCAAGAGCCUGACGUCCUACAUUGUAAAUAUUUCCAAAGGAAUGUUUACAAAGAAACUGGCUAAUCCCACAAAGAAGAAAGAGAACAGUGACCCUACAAAGGAUCAAAAAUCCCAGACCCCAGACUCCCCAAGGAAUCCAACACUUUCCACAACUCUAAAGAGUACAGUCAAAAAUAUUUCUCAGUGUCCCUCAGCUCGCAAUAUAUCGCUUGAAGAAGACAGUCAUAAAAACAACUGCUCAUCACUCUCUCCAACGUUCAGUUACCGUGUAGCGAUAGCUAACGGACUCCAAAAAAGUGCUCUCUUGGUUAACAAUAAUGAAGGUCUCCUUCAAGAGGUCUUAUCCACUGAAAGCAGUUAUUCUGACUCUCUGAGUGAAGGUAAAUAUAUCCAGAUAUUUGAUGAACACAAAGCUUUUACUAUGCCAAUAAGAAGGAACAGGAAAAGCCUGACCAGUCUGGCACCCUCCGAUGGAAGUUCUGAGGGUGAGCGUGUAGAGCGCACCAGUCUGCAUACACUACGCCUGGGAGCUUUGCGGAAGCUGAGGAAGUGGAAGAAGAGCCAGGAGUAUGUUCCUUCGGAUGCAGAUACGAGUACCUGGCGGAAAACAUUGGGCAUCCGGAGCAAGUCCCUGGACCGGGCUGGGAGGCAGCAAAAAACCAGCUCACUAGAACCUGGAUCUAGUUCCACAGGUUGCAUCAGUCAGACACAUGAUGUCAUGGAAAUGAUCUUCAAAGAGCUGCAGGGAAUCAGUCAGAUUGAAUCAGAACUGUCAGAGCUGCGAGGUCACGUCAAUGCACUGAAGAAUUCUAUCGAUGAGAUUUCCAGCAGCGUGGAAGUGGUGCAGAGCGAGAUCGAGCAGCUGCGUUCAGGCUUCGUGCAGUCCCGGCGUGAGACGCGUGACAUACAUGACUACAUAAAACAGAUAAGCCAACAAGACAGCAAAGCGACUCUCAGGUUUCUGAAUGUGCCAGAGGAUGAGCUAGAAAACACUGAGGAUCUCAUUUACCAGAUUUUCAAGGAGAAAAUGGGUUUCACUGAAGUGCAUAAGAUGCCCAAAAUUGACAUCGCCCAUCGAUUAGGGCAACAGAGGGAAUGUUCGAAUGCCAAGCCCCGUCCCAUUAUUGUUAUCUUUUCAAGCCCCCAAGACCGAGAUUUAGCUUUAAAAAAAUGUUACAAACUUAAAGGCACAGGUAUUUCUGUAUCUACUGAUAGCCUUAGUCAUGAAAAGGAUAGGAAAGAGAAGGGAAUGACCUCUUCGCAAACAUAUGAGAGUAUGGACAUUAAUGUUUGUACGAAAGACAAAAGUGACCUUGAUGACUGGGACUCAAUGGACAGUGACAGGGAGUUAGAGGCUGACUUAAAUAGGAAUGUAUAUGAAAUUUUGUCUAAGGCCACGCACAAAAGUAAAUCUGACCCAAUGAAAUCCCACGAAAGUGAUGGCAUUGCAUGUUCAGGAGCAGUCCAUUAUGCUGAGGACACUUAUCAAUCAAUCGAAUAUGAAGAUCAAGACAAGCAAGAAAAGCCUUAUUACUCAGAUUUAACCCCCGCAUGGCUUUCCCAAAGUGAGUACUCAACUCCUAAGCUGAGUCACUCUGAGUCAGACUGUUCAAAGCUGUGCCAGUCCUACUCUGAGGAUUUCUCUGAAAACCAAUACUUAGGCCGGACCAACGGCUACUCUUUAUUGUCUUCCUCAGAUCAGGAGUUGUGGCAGAGAAAGCAGGAAGACAUGGCUCCCACGUGGUGUCCAACCCCACCUAGUCAGACACUUAGUCAGGAAAAUCAACACUUUGUGGAAUCAAAUGAACCAGAGACCACAGAGACUGUCGACAGUGGCGUGAGCAAUGGGCUGGUAUGUGUCUCAGGUGACAGGAGCCACUACAGUGGUUCCCAGCUGUCUCUGCAGGGUGACCUGUCUCCUUGGAAGGACUGGCACCAUUUAGAACAAGGUGCAGAUUCGGGCUUUGAUGCCUCAACGGAACAGAACCUAGUGUCGGAGGUCAGCAGUCCCUUUGACCCGACAGCUAAUCCCGGGUUUCCUGAGAACAUCAUAAAAUGCCAAGAAGUGGACUUACAGUUUGAGGGCGAAAACUACAUGACCCUAGACAGUACCCCUUCUACAUGCCCAGGUCUGGAGAGUGAAACGGCCAGUCAGCCUGACGCCCAAAGUGAUCCAGAGCUCAACGGCAGCCAUUUUUAUCAGAACCAGACAAAGUCCUCAACCAUGUAUCGCAGUCAGAGUGAGAUCACAAGUGAGAAAUCUGAGGAGGUGCCUAAAUCCUGGCACAGCCGACUCAGCAUCGAUCUCACUGACAAAACGUUUAGUUUCCCAACAUUUGGAUCAACUCUACAGCGAGCCAGAUCUGCCCUGGAGGUUGUCUGGAACAAAAGCUCCCAGAGCACGAGUACCCCGGCAGCACCCUCCUCUAGCUCCACUGCUGCCAUGGCUGCAGAGGAACCUGCCAAUACCACAUUCAUGGGCGGAUUCAGGACUCUGUCUCAAUCCACUGUCAAUGACUCAAGCACGACAAUCGAUUCAGACGUGUACACUGAGCCCUACUACUACAAGGCUGAAGAGGAGGAGUGCGGCGAGCCCACUGUAGACAAUGAAACCCAUUACGUUGAGGUCAUGGAGCAAGUGCUUGCCAAUCUGGAGAAUCGUACGAACACCAAUGAGCCCGAAGAACAGUACCAGGACUACAGGCUUCCGGAGGAAGGGACCUAUGUUCUGGAAUACGACUGCAGCUACGACGAGCAGUAUGAAGCAGAGUACAGCGAGGAGUACGAUGAGGACCAGGUUACUGAAGAAACAGCGGAAUACGACGUGGCAUACGCAGAGGAUAUGGGUGAGACUGAGGACGCUGAGGAGCAAGUGGAUUAUGGGGAAGCUGCAGAAACGUCUACAACAGGGGAAAGUGGUGAAAUAAACAACAUUAUUGAGAAAGAGGAUGAAAAUCAAAACGUGCCUGAGGAACAAAACAUUGCAACUCCACCCAAGAAGAGGAUAAGACCAACUUUUAAGGAGGCGGCACUGAGGGCAUACAGAAAACAAAUGGCUGAAUUGGAGGAACAGAUUCUUGCUGGAGACAACGCUGCACUGGAUACACAGGCACGGCUGGCGAGCGGGAAUGUCCUGGAUCCCUCCAAACUUCUGGGGCUUCAGGGAGCUGGCGGGCCUGGCAGCAUACUUUAUGGUAUUGACAGCAUGCCAGAUUUACGGCGCAAGAGAACCGUGCCCAUUGUUCGCGACCUGACUUUGGCUGCCCGAAAGGCUGGUGUAUCCUUUGCUCUGGUGGCCAGAUCAACCCUGAACAACGAAGACCUAGCAGGUGAUAGCAGACAGGUGCUGCCUCUGACAGAAGGACAAAAAGUGGUACAGCAGCAGGGCAGGCAGGAAAUACGUCACAGGCAGAAGGGCAGGCAGGGCGGAGGGAUGUCACAGAAACUGCAUGUUUUGAGGAAAACCCUGCAGGCCUUAAUUUACCCGAUCUCCUCCACCACACCCCACAACUUCGAGGUGUGGACGGCAACAGCGCCCACAUACUGCCACGAGUGUGAGGGGCUGCUCUGGGGCAUAGCACGGCAGGGCGUCCGCUGCUCCGAGUGCGGGGUCAAGUGCCAUGAGAAGUGCCAGGACCUACUGAAUGCCGACUGCCUGCAGCGAGCUGUGGAGAAGAGCUCCAAGCAUGGGGCAGAAGACAAAACCCAAAACAUCAUCAUGGCCAUGAAGGAGAGGAUGAAGAUCAGGGAAAGGAACCGGCCUGAGGUGUUCCAGCUCAUCCGGGAGGUGUUCCAGAUCUCCAAGGAGGACUUCACCACUCAAUUGAAGGCAGCAAAGCAGGCAGUUUUGGAGGGCACAUCGAAGUGGUCCGCAAAAAUCACCAUUACAGUUCUGUGCGCUCAGGGUCUGCAGGCCAAAGACAAGACAGGUUCAAGUGACCCCUAUGUGACCGUGCAAGUGGGCAAGACCAAGAGAAGGACCAAGACCAUCUUCGGAAACCUUAACCCCAUCUGGGAUGAGAAGUUCUUCUUUGAGUGCCACAAUGCCACGGACAGGAUAAAAGUCAGAGUGUGGGACGAAGAUGACGACAUCGCGUCACGCGUGAAGCAGCACUUCAAGAAGGAGUCGGAUGACUUCCUUGGGCAGACGAUCAUUGAAGUCAGGACGCUAAGUGGCGAGAUGGAUGUGUGGUAUAACCUUGAGAAGAGGACUGAUAAAUCUGCUGUGUCUGGAGCCAUCAGGCUGAAGAUCAGCGUGGAGAUGAAGGGGGAGGAGAAGGCAGCGCCCCCCCAUGGGCAGUAUACAUGCUUACAUGAGAACCUCUUCCAUUGCCUGACUGAGGUGAAGAACAAUGGGGUGGUGAAGAUUCCUGAGGUCAAAGGGGAAGAGGCCUGGAAAGUCUACUUUGACGAUACUGCUCAAGAGAUCGUUGAUGAGUUUGCUAUGCGAUUUGGGGUGGAAUCCAUAUAUCAGGCCAUGACACACUUCUCCUGCCUGUCAUCCAAAUACAUGUGCCCUGGAGUGCCUGCCGUAAUGAGUAACCUGCUGGCCAACAUCAACGCCUACUUCGCCCACACUACCACUGCCACCACCAACAUCUCUGCCUCCGACCGCUUCGCCGCCUCCAACUUUGGAAGGGAAAAAUUCAUCAAGCUGUUGGAUCAGUUACAUAAUUCACUGAGGAUUGAUUUGUCUAAAUAUCGGGACAAUUUCCCAGCCAGCAACCCAGAGAGGCUCCAGGACCUUAAAUCUACAGUGGACCUGCUAACUAGCAUCACCUUCUUCCGCAUGAAGGUGCAGGAGUUGCAGAGCCCUCCCAGAGCCAGUAUGGUGGUGAAGGACUGUGUCCGAGCGUGCCUGGACUCCACCUACAAGUACAUCUUUGACAACUGCCAUGAGCUCUAUAACCAGCUGCUGGAUCAGGCCAAGAAGCAGGAUAUGCCACGGGAGGAACAGGGACCUUCUAUCAAGAACCUGGACUUCUGGCCCAAACUGAUCACGCUCAUGGUGUCUGUGAUUGAUGAGGACAGGACGGCUUACACCCCCGUUCUGAAUCAGUUCCCACAGGAGCUGAACAUGGGGAAGGUCAGCGCAGAGAUCAUGUGGACUCUCUUCGCCACGGAUAUGAAGUAUGCCAUGGAAGAACAUGAGAAACACCGUCUUUGUAAGAGCACUGACUACAUGAAUCUGCACUUCAAAGUGAAAUGGUUUCAUAAUGAGUAUGUCCGGGACCUGGCUGCAUUCAAGGACACCGCUCCGGAGUACUCUCUGUGGUUUGAACCAUUUGUCAUUCAGUGGUUAGAUGAGAAUGAAGACGUCUCCAUGGACUUCCUGAACGGAGCUUUGGAAAGAGACAAAAAGGACGGUUUCCAGCAGACCUCCGAGCAUGCCCUCUUCUCCUGCUCCGUGGUGGACGUCUUCGCACAGCUCAACCAGAGCUUUGAGAUCAUCAGGAAGCUGGAGUGUCCCAAUCCCCAGGCCCUCGGCCACUUUAUGUGUCGAUUUGCCAAGACUAUUAAUAAAGUUCUGCUGGAAUAUGCUGCAAUAAUCUCCAAGGACUUCAGCUCACAUUUAGGCAGGGAGAAAGUGCCUUGCAUCCUCCUCAACAACAUCCAGCAGCUCCGUGUGCAGCUGGAAAAGAUGUUCGAGGCCAUGGGUGGAAAACAGCUGGAUGCUGAGGCAGGUGACCUUCUGAAGGAGCUUCAGAAUAAGCUCAACACUGUCCUGGAUGAGCUAAGUGGAGUGUUUGGCUCCAGCUUCAAGCCUGUGAUUGAGGACUGCGUCAGACAGAUGAGCCAGGAGCUGCUGCAGAUGAAGGGGGACGGAGCCGCCAGGAAGAGCAGCGCCGCCAUGGACGCCGAGAUCGUGCUCCGUCCGCUCAUGGAGCUUCUGGAUAAGAACCUGAUGCUGUUCGCAAAAAUCUGUGAGAAGACGGUUUUGAAAAGAGUGCUUAAGGAGCUAUGGAAGAUUGUCCUGAACACCAUCGAAAGGCAGGUCGUGUUGCCUCCGCUGACCGAUCAGAGUCAAGGUGCUCAGAUGAUCUUCAAUGCGGCGAAAGACUUGGGACAGCUAUCAAAGCUGAAGGAGCAUGUGAUCCGUGAGGAGGCUCGGAGCCUGACUCCCCGGCAGUGUGCAGCCAUGGAUCUGGUCCUGCCCACCAUCAAGCAAUACUUCCAUGCUGGCGGAAACGGUCUGAAGAAGUCAUUCCUUGAGAAAAGCCCUGAUCUGAAGUCACUGAAAUACGCCCUCAGCCUUUAUACACAAUCUACGGAUGCCUUGAUCAAGAAGUACAUAGGAACCCAGACCUCUCAAGUUCAGCCAUCUAAUGGAUCGCUGGGUGAGGUGUCCAUUCAAGUGGAUCUCGUAUCUCAUCCAGGCACCGGGGAGCACAAAAUCAGUGUCAAGGUUGCAGCAGUGAAAAGCCUUAGCUGGCAGACCAAUGCCAUGUUCCGCCCCUUCGUGGAAGUGAAUGUCGUGGGACCGCAACUUGCAGACAAGAAGCGCAAGUUCAGCACGAAGACCAAGAACAACACCUGGUCCCCCAAGUACAACGAGACAUUCCAGUUUGUGCUGAGCUCUGAGCACGAGCCCCAGGCUUAUGAGCUACACGUCUCGGUGAAGGACUACUGCUUCGCCAGGGAGGAUCGCAUCAUCGGCAUGACGGUCAUUCCACUGAGGGACCUUGCCGACAAGGGAAGCUGCUCGGACUGGCACCCCCUGGUCAGGGGCAUCUCCAUGAACGAGACCGGCCUGAUCAUCAUGAGGAUACUCUCGCAGAGGACCAACGACGAGGUGGCCAAGGAGUUCGUGCGCCUCAAGUCCGACGUCAGAUCGGCCGAGGAGACAUCAUGAGGGGGGGGACGCCUUCGAGGAGAGCUUGGCCGUGGAUCAGGGGUUCCGUGCUCUCUGUCUUUGUGCAUGUGUGUUAAACAUCUGUUGUAAUGUUCGUUAUGCUACAGUACAUUACAGUGUUUACCUACAGUACACUUAUUCUGAAGUAAUCUAUCUUAAGGAGAUGUUAACUUUUGUACUGAAUCUAGUCUUUUUGAACAGUAAUUUGUUCAGAUAAAGUGCCAAACCAGAAAAGGGAAAGAAAAAAAAAAAGACAACGAUGAAAGCUAGUCAACUAGGUAUAUUUCAAUUUGCUUGAAGAGUUUGUCCUUUUUCCUUCACACUUCAAAUAUAUUUUGUCAUGUUUAUUAUUUUGGUACAGUGUUCUUACACAGCACCUGUGCAUGUUCUGUUCACGUCUGUGUGUCCCCCCAGAGUGACCAUUGGUUUGUGGCCAACGUCUUCGUCUGGUUGUUUGUAUUUUGACCUGAACUGAUUGUUUUUUAUGGCGAUGACUGCUAUGAAAAUCUACAUACGUGUUUGUAAUUUUAUAACCACUGACAGCAAGGACAGCCGCUCCCAGGUCUCUUAAAGGGGACAUUCCUCCUCCCGCUUUUUUAUUGGCUUUCAGCCGCUCUCGAUUACACUGUGAACAUGAACAAGGCCACCUUACAUAACAUUUCUGACUGACUAUAUUGUUUAAUAUAAAAAACUGCCAAAGUUCCCGAAUCUGUACAGAAAUCAGCCUGUGACCUGCAAGACACACCUGCACAUGCACCACAAUGUCACUGUCCAAGGGGCAACUUCAGAGAUGUUUAUUUUGUGAGCCUGUUCUGAUGUUGUAAAUGUUUUGCAUAAACUGUUUUAUCAGCUUUAAGCCUUUUCUUUACUGGGGAGGGAGUGUAAUGUUUGGUAAUUAUGCAACAUUCCUAUGUAUUGCACUGUUGGCGAACCGUUUGUCAUGUAAAUAUAUUUAGUGAACUUC